CAGAAUAGGAAUUGGCUAUCAGUAGAGGGCGGAAAGGGGAGGAGGUGGUCAGAGAAGAGGGAAAGGUUCGGAAAGGGGAAGCGUGGACUCCUUAGUUCAAUACUAGAGUAGGGGCGUGACCAUGCUGGUUGGGCGGUACCAGUCACUGUAGAUGGGAGUGGUCUCUCUGUGUCAUUCCCACUAGUGCAGGAAGCCGAUGGAGGAAGUGAGAGAAUGCCGAACUGCAUUGUUGAAGGAUGUUCUUUUCGAUGGAGAAAGAAGAAUCCAGAUGUUGCUCUUCACGUAUUUCCUAAGGACAUGGAAAUCAUAAGAACAUGGCUCCUGCACAUUAAUCCGGACUUUGCUGACCUGGAAGAGUUUUGCCAUAAAAUUUUUAAUAGUUCAAAGGGUACUUAUCGCAUUUGUUCACAACACUUUGCCAUAGAUGCAUAUGAGGUUCGAGGUAUGGUAACUUUUUUAAAAAGGGAUGCUGUUCCUACUCUAUUCCCUCAGAUAAAAUUAGAAUUCCCAACUCGAAAAAGGAGAAAAAAGGAUAUUCCCACUUCACAGUCUGAAGCUGAUACUUCUACCUCAGCCAAUAUGUCAUUCACUUCAACUGCUUUCUCCAUGCCUGCUGAACUAAAUAUGACAUUGAAUCCUGAAGAAAGUCAUGGUUUGGGUCUAUGGACAAAUCAGUGUGCAGCAACUUCUGCCUAUUCACAUAAAAAUCCAGGGCAACAUGAGGAGGCUGUUCUAAACAACCAUAUACAUUAUAGGCCACGAUCUACACGAACAAUUGGUACCUCAAUAGACUAUUUCCCAGGACAAGUACAUCAGUCUACACAGCUAAAUAAACCAAUGGGAACGAAAGAUAAGAACUUGCAAACAGAUCUAGAACCCCUGUACAGAUCUGUUGGCAUUCAGUGCAGUCUUCAUGGCUUACCAAGCCUUCCAUCAAGGUCUUUGGUUACCAGCAGUGGUGCAAGUAGACCCUUUCCUUCUGGAAACUGAACAAAGCUACUACAUUCCCAAUCCUCUGCUUAUUUUCAUGACGACUGACAAUGAUACUUUUUUCCCCUUAUUUCAUCACUUUUCCAGUGCAGGUAUAAUGAAACAUUUAGGUUCUAGUA